AUGAGCCAACAGGGUUAUGUAGCUGCACCCCCGUACUCCCAGGCCCCGCCGGGAAUGGGGGGCUACCAGGUUGGAUACGGACCUGGUCCUGCACAACCCCUGUAUGGACACCAUGGAGGAGCCCCCCACCCCUUCAGCCCUCCAGCAGCAGGAGGUGUGAUGAAGUCUCCAGUUUCCACGGCUGCAGGAAUGAUGCCGCCUCCAGCGUCCAGUCAGUACAACCCCAACUAUCAGCAGAACGGUUCUCAUCAACAAAGGUACCCCGCUCCACCUGCUGCUUCUCACGGUCAGCCUCCACAUUCCCUGCCGUCCAGCAUGACUUCACAGGGCCCUCCCCCUACACAACAACUGACCAAUCAGAUGAGUGCUAUGACUUUAGGUGGCUAUGGACAAAACCACAUGCAGCAUCCACCAACAAGCCCCGUCGGCCAGCAGUCUUUCCAGCCCCCUCCUCCUGCAGUUGGUCAGCCGCAGAUGCACUUAGGCCCACAGGUGCAGCACGCGCCUCCCCAAAUGUCCCCGACACAGUCGCCCCCAACAAACAUGUCAAUGGCUGGUCAGCCGAUGCCAGGCCCACCAAUGGGAGGACCGCCCAUGGGGGGUCAGUCGAUGGGGAGUCCAGUGGGUGGUGGACCACCGAUGGGAGGAGGCAUGAGCGGCCCGUUUCCUGGGCCGCCACCACCAGCAGGUCCUGGAGGUUUCCAGCAUCUCGGUCCUGGACAAGCCGGUCCACCGGGAUAUCCACAACAAGGAGGUCAGUUUGGAGGAAUGAUGGCCGGACCGCAGACGGGCAUGCAGGGGGGCUUUCCCGGGCCAAUGGCAGGCCCACCUCAGAAGAAACUGGACCCCGAUGCAAUCCCAAGCACAACUCAAGUGAUUGAAGAUGACAAAGUAAAAAGGGGGGGGCAGGUUUACUGCACGAAUAUCCGCGGUCAAGUCCCGCCUUUCGUCACCACAGACUUCACGGUUCAGGAUCAAGGAAAUGCCAGUCCCAGGUUCAUGCGCUGCACCACCUACACCCUGCCCUGCACCGCUGAACUGGCCAAGCAGUGCCAAGUACCUCUAGCUGCCAUUGUCAAGCCUUUGGCCAACCUGCCAAAAAACGAGACUCCUCUGUAUGCAGUGAACCACGGGGAGACCGGUCCGAUCCGCUGCAAUCGAUGCAAGGCCUACAUGUGUCCCUACAUGCAGUUCAUCGACGGUGGUCGCCGCUACCAGUGCACCUUCUGCAACUGUGUCAAUGAAGUGCCGGUCUUCUACUUCCAGCAUCUGGACCACAUGGGCCGGAGGGUGGACUUCUACGAGAGACCGGAACUGUCUCUAGGAUCCUAUGAGUUUGUAGCCACUUUGGAUUAUUGCAAGAACAACAAACCUCCCAAUCCUCCUGCCUUCAUCUUCAUGAUCGAUGUGUCCUAUAACAACAUUAAGAGCGGCCUUGUCAGGCUGAUAUGCGAUGAGCUGAAAACUCUGCUGGAGAAUCUGCCCAGGGAGGAGGGAGCAGACAUCUCCUCUGUGAAAGUGGGCUUCGUCACCUACAACAAGGUCCUCCACUUCUACAACGUGAAGAGCGCUUUGGCCCAGCCGCAGAUGAUGGUGGUGUCAGACACCACGGAGAUGUUCGUGCCUCUGCUCGACGGCUUCCUCGUGAACUACCAGGACUCCAAAGCGGUUAUCUGCAACCUCCUGGAUCAGAUCCCCGCCAUGUUUGCAGACACCACAGAGAGCGAGACGGUCUUCGCUCCCGUCAUCCAGGCCGGCGUGGAAGCAUUUAAGGCGGCAGAAUGCAGCGGAAAGCUCUUCAUCUUCCAGUCGUCCAUGCCGACGGCCGAAGCUCCCGGCAAACUGAAGAACAGAGACGACAAAAAGCUGGUCAAUACCGACAAAGAGAAGACGCUGUUCCAGCCUCAGAAGGGUGUGUACGAGCAGCUGUCCAAGGACUGCGUGGCGCAGGGCUGCUGUGUUGACCUCUUCCUGUUCCCCAACCAGUACCUGGACAUGGCCACCAUGGCCGAUGUGCCCUCACAUACUGGUGGUUCUGUCUACAAGUACAACAACUUCCAGAUGGAAACGGACGGGGAGCAUUUCCUGACUGACCUGAGGAAGAGCGUACAGAAGCACAUCGGGUUUGACGCCAUCAUGCGUGUUCGUACGAGCACAGGGUUCAGAGCCACCGAUUUCUUCGGCGCCAUCCACAUGAACAACACCACCGACGUGGAGAUGGCCGCCGUGGACUGCGACAAAGCCGUGACGGUGGAGUUCAAGCACGACGACGCUCUCAGCGAGGAGAGCGGCGCCCUCAUCCAGUGUGCCUUGCUGUACACCAACAUCAGCGGGCAGCGGCGCCUCCGCAUCCACAACCUGAGCUUGAACUGCAGCUCCCAGCUGUCAGAGCUGUACAAGAGCUGCGAGACGGACGCCCUCAUCAACUUCUUCGCCAAAUCUGCUUACCGUGCCAUCCUGAACCAGCCUUUAAAGAACGUGAGGGAGAUCCUGGUCAACCAAACCGCCCACAUGCUGGCGUGCUACAGGAAGAACUGCGCCAGCCCGUCUGCUGCCAGCCAGUUGAUCCUGCCUGAUGCCAUGAAAGUGUUCCCGGUUUACAUGAACAGCCUGAUGAAAACAGCUCCUCUAGUGGGCAGCACUGAGCUCCCCACGGACGACAGGGCCCACCAGAGGCUGGCGGUCAUGGCCAUGGGGGUGGAGGACACGCAGCUGCUGCUGUACCCGCGACUCGUCCCACUGCACAACGUGGACGUCAACGGCGAGGUGGCGCCGGCUGCUGUGCGCUGCUCCGAGGAGCGUCUGACAGACUCUGGCUUGUUCCUGCUGGAGAACGGACACUCAAUGUUCCUGUGGAUCGGUCAGGCAGCCUCUCCAGACCUCAUCCAGAGCAUCUUCAACCUGCCCUCGCUCGCCCACUUCCAAGGACACAUGCCUGCACUUCCAGACUUGGACAAUCCACUAUCAAAGAAAGUCCGAUCUAUUAUCACGGACCUUCAAAAUAAAAGACCAAACGCGAUGAAGCUGCAGAUCGUGAGGCAGAAAGACAAGCCGGAGAUGCUGUUCCGGCAGUUCCUGGUGGAGGACAAAGGCUUACACGGAGGCGCUUCCUACGUGGACUUCCUUUGUUACGUUCACAGAGAGAUCCGGCAGCUCCUCACUUAAAGACGGCUCCGCUCCCCCGGCACCCCAACGGACCGCGCCAGGAGGUCCAGUUUGAACAUUUAACACGACCCAACCAAAGCCACGCGCAGACAAAGUCUCAGACAAACAAAUCCAGACUUUCCCGCUCUCAGUUAGUGUGACGGAUGGACUGGAGCGACUUCAGCGCCUGAGGCUGACGGGGAGUUUGGCGCUCGGCCUUCUGGCGAUAAAGCAAUAAAUACAGCAUCUACUGUGUUUCAAUCAGUCCGAGCUCUUCAAUGUGAACAGUCCUGAUAAGGCUGUGCAUUAUAUAAAAUACAAGUCAUUUUAAAGUUUGAGUAAAGCCAACGUUUGCACGAAAAGACAAAAAAUUAAUAGAAUUUGCUUAAUUAGAUGCAGAAAAUGUACUUUUAUUUUGAAAGGGACGUUGAAAUGCAGCCCUGCAAACAGGAAGUAGAUUUUAUUAGUUACAGUACAAAAAAAUAUGUGCAGGAAAAGUUAAUUUUUCUUAUUUCUAUUAGAAUAAACUUCCUGUUUCGACCAACAAACUUUACUCAAACUUUAAAGGUUUUGCUCUUAAAAUAUUCCCAUUAUUGAAAGAUCAAAGGUUUCUACAUUUCAAUGACUUUGCUGUGGGACUGAAGGGGAAAUACAGUAUCUUGAAUAUGAAAGAUGAAAUCUGUCCGUCUAUUUCACAAGAUCCAACGCCUUUAAAAUUCUUUGACCAUCCUCGCCGCGCUCAAAGCUUUUCCUUUACACUGCCGACACUUUACGACGAAGACAAAGGGAUGGAGAAAGACCGCCAUUUCUCCCCACAUUUACAAAAGAAUCCUUCAUAACAUGGCAUUAUCCGUUUGUUUUCCCUCUAAACCCCGUUUAUUAAAUAUUGUGUAGAGAUAUUUAUCUUCGGUCUGGACUGUACAGCUGCAGCACCAACCUAUAUCACUUAUUGUUUAUAUGCAUAUAAUCGGAUCACCAUUGUUUGUUGUUUUUGAACCACCUUUUCUCUCUGUGUGCAGAAAUGUCUCAGGUGAUUUCUAAAUGUCAUGUUUAAACACGGAGUGGAACUGGAAAUGAAUGGGUGUCGAUGGGAGUAGUUGUGAUGUGCAAUGCAACAUUUAAGUUCUAAUCCUGAAAAUGGAAUCCGGCUCCUUUACUUUGUUUACAAUUCAUUUCCUGUUAUGGACCAAAUUAAAACAGUCAAUCAGA